UAACUACCAAAACAAACAUAUUUUAUGGUAUGUUUGUUUGUUUUGGUGGUAUUUUCAUAAGUAAAAUUUGAUAAAUAUUGAUAAAUUUUCUUGAAAGAUGGAAAUGCUGUAAAAUAGAACCAAUGCGAAUAGUGACGGGUGAAGUAGCUCUUUUAAAUGAACGAAUUUUUUAAUGAUUGUUGUGCUAAAUGGCGUGAGCUUGAAAAUAUUAUGCACUCAAUAGAUAUCCAUCACAAAAUCAAACCACUGAUGAAUACAUAAUGAAAUAAUAAAGCGAACACCUCUGCAUGAUUUCGAAAGAAUCUGCUACAAAAGCGUGAAGCUCUGUAAAUAUUACUACUCUCUUAAAUCAGUUCGAUUGAGAUGUUCAGUGGUUGUAUAUCUCUGUUCCGUGUUGUUACACUUCUAUUUAGUUUAGUUCAAGUGUCAGUAUGUUCUUUGAAUCCUCUUCCAAAGAUCAACACAAGCUUUUACGUCGAGGCAUUGCUGGAGCUUCAUCGGCAAUUGUGUCCUGUAGAACAAUUUCCAAAUCUCGUAGUGUUACGGCUUAGCAAUGAAAGUUUGUUUUAUACAAUAUUACCUGCUAUUAUGAGUGAUCAGACGUAUACCAAAACUACGUCAGAUCAAGCAACGCAAUAUUUUACAUAUGCUGAUAACUACUACAGCUGUAAUUUCAUUCCAGUUAAUGAUGUUAUUGAUUUCGAUGUAAGAACUGUUGCUCAAUUGUAGAAUAUCAGUAAUAUUCUCAACGCAUAUCUUAUCCUACUGAUUUCAGGGUGCGCAUAAAAUAGAAGACAACAUUCGAACUAUUUUCUUCUACCCGAAAUGGAUGUACAAAACAUUUCACAAAGAUCCGACUUCUUCGAUUGCUGAAGCUUUCCAGAGGGGAUACGAAGUGGUUUACGAUCUCGACAACAAGAUGGAAAUCUUACAUUGGAACAAUUUCUCUCGUCAAACAAUUACGAUCGAUCCUCACAAUAUUAUCGUACCGGACGAGAUGCGCGACUUACAUGGGUAUAAGUUAAAUUUGUAUUUAAUGGGUUACAUGCGCAAGACAAUGACCUUCGAUAAAUAUUUCUUGGAACAAAUCGCAGAAAAGGUUAAUGCUACUGCUGUUCCAACAGAUGUUGCUUCACAUGGGAUAACUAUUAUACCACUACUGGGGGGGUUUCGUAUUGAUGGAACUGAGACGUUGCCUGGAUUGGGAACUACUUUUUGGGCAUUAGCCGUCCCCCGAGCUAAACCCAAGUCAGUCGUGUCCAUACUGAUUGAUCCUUUCGAUAUGUAUACAUGGAUCACAUACUUCAUAUUAGUUCUUACAAUGGCCAUUCAACUAGUCUUUUUUGGAGAGUUUCUUGGAAGGCGUCAUUUUGUGGAGAUAGUUCUUGAAUUGAUCAUGAUUUCUAUUGCGGGUCCAUCCAGGACAUAUGGAGGAUCGUUCGAGAAUCGGAUCAUCACUAUGUUCUGUCUAAUGGGUAUAGUUCUCAUAUCAUCCUAUCAAUCACUUGUCAUAUCCUUCAUGUCAUUUGUGCGCUAUCAUCCAGAGAUCAACACGUUGGCAGAGAUAGAAGAACGAUGUCUUUUUGUGGAUAACAACGAUGCACGAUUGUUUAACUUCAAAACGUUUCCUAAUGGCACUUUUCCCGGAUUCGAUCAAGUAUGCACAUUUGAAAUAGGACGUGAUAAUGUACAACGAACCUUGAUGUUAUUUUCAAACUAUGAACAUGAUAGACGUUUGUUUUUCAAUGAAGACGCGAUGCGGUAUAAAGUUAAAAAUUUUCGUUAUGCCAAUACCAAAUUUUUUGAACAACAGCUAUUAUACUAUGUAUCACCACGUGCGCUACAACUAUUUAAGUUUCAUUUUCAGGCCAUUUUUGAAUCAGGUAUCUAUGAUCAUUAUUAUAACAACAAAUCAUUAACCGUUUCUUACUAUGCUCAGGAUACCUUUGUUGAUCGCGUGGUGAAGGUAGGUGAUCUGACAUUGCUUUGGUAUGCAUAUGCGGGUGGAACCUUACUGAGUGUUGCAUGUUUCGUAAUAGAACAAUUUAUUCACAACAAGUUUGAAGGAUUAUCGGCAGAAAAAUAAAUCAAGAACUCAGAAACAAACCUG